CAUAGCCCACUAUAGCAUCAAAAUUGCCAUGUGCAAAUUCAGAAAUAUAAAAAGGGUUUUUAAAAUGUUGCUUAUCAAUUUUAAAAGAAAUUUCAGAGCAAAACAAAAAUUUCAACUCUGAAUUCACAGUUCUAAUCUGAACAUUGCUCGAAAGAAGUCUAGUUUUGUUAUAGUUCUUUAUUCACCAUCGAUCCUAAAAAAAAAAAAAAACCAUACCGGAAGUCUUGGGCUCCUCCAUGACGUCACAGCAUAACGUGACUAUUUCUUUUUUUGAUGCUCUGUUUACAUCGGUAGAUAAAUAGUUCUUACUUUGAAUGCGUUCUAUUUUCUGUUUUUUUUUGUUGUGAAAAUGAGCUCUUCAUAUUUUCAAAUGUUGAAUGAAUAUGCGAAGAAAAAUUACGUAAAUAGAUUAAACUAUAAUGGUAUUCAGUUGCCGGAUCCAUUAGAUGCUGACGUACGAAGCCUGGUUUUCUCCAGCAAAAAUUGGCCAAAUAUAAGUGUUUUUGACAUUUAUUCGUAUUUCGUAGUAAAGCACAAAGUGUAUUCUCAAAUUGCUUUUAAAAGUUUUGAAACUCUUCCAAGUUACAAUUACGUUACGUCCGGAAAAGUUCAUAACGUGAAAUGCUUUCGAAACGAAAUCGGUGUUUGUGUUCUAACAGCAGAUGUUGAAGCGGGUCAGAAAACAAAUAAAAUCCACAUGCCGUGGAUAAUCUCUACACAUGCUGGAGAAAUAAUUUCUGGCCAUUGCACUUGUAUGGCUGGAUUGGGAGAAGCUUGCUCACACGUGGGAGCAACUCUCUUUUUCAUUGAAAAGAGUUUAAAAACAGAUCAGGAAAAGCCUUCAUGCACGUCUGAGCCUUGCAAGUGGAAGAAAACUUCUAAAAAUGUAAGACAGAAACUAACUUUUGUUUUUAGACGGAAAUAUGGUUCAGAAUUUUCUAUUUUUGGUUCCAUCUGUGUACUGUAGACACUUCUGUUUGCUCCACUUACAUUUUAUAGAAAUGGUUGUGGGGUCCUUAACAAAAAUACUUAAUCGAAAU